CCGUCGGAAAUUUCCGAGGAAAAAUGAAAUUCCGAGGAGUUAUUUCCGAGGACAUUUUUCGUCGGUAUGUCGUCGGAAUAGCGUUAUUCCGACGAUAUACCGACGAUUUUUUUCCUCAGUAUGUCGCUGUUUUCUUGUAGUGAUAAUUGUUUACAUAAUAGCUAUGUUUUUAAGAAUCGUUUAGAUUUCUACAUAAAUUCCUAAAUGUUAAAACCAUAUGUAAUCAUCUACAAGAAGAUUCGAAGGAUAACAUCAUGCAUAAAUGGACGUGAGAUAAUACGUUGACAUUUAGUUAUGAAGAAAAAUUGUCUACAUAAUAAGUUAGAUAGUUGGUCGGUUUUUAAAACCAAAGAAACGAGAAAACACAACUUGGUCGGUUUCGCGGGGUGUCUUUUCAUUAGUGGAGGAAGAAAAAAAAAACAUUAUAAAAAAAGUGAAAGCUGAAUAUGACCAAUCACCGACCCGAAAGAUAGGUUACUAUAAUCAAAGAUUAUAUGUACACAAUAAAUAUAGAUCAUAGCCCUAACUAGUACUAGGUUGUCAUCAAAACGGUAAUUCUUGCGGGAUGUUAUCCUUAGCCGCGACUAGCCGACCAUUACCAUCAUCAAUUAUUCCAUUCAAUUUGUAUUAGGCUCCCCAAACUUGACAUUUGUUUUUAACAGUCUAAUCAUAUCUCCUGAACUUGUGACUUGUCGCAUUUAGAAAGAAUGAAUGGAAUGUCUUCACCGUCCAAAAGAACAGAGAAUGCCACGUAGCUGUACGGACGUGAAUGUUUGUAUCUCCGCGUUGUGUUUUUAUCUUGUCAACUUUCCAAAUGGACGGGGAAUGAAAGAAUUAGAGUGGAAGCAAAUGAAUGAUUACAGUAACCCCAAAAAGAUAGUAUUUGAAAUAAUAAUAGUCAACCGAAAGCUGAAGAUAUUUUUAUAACUAAAUACAAAAAGCAGUUGCCCCACAUCUAAUGUGCUCUCAUAUUUAAAGUCCAUGGAGUCAUCUUUCUCUUACAAAUAGAAGAAAACAACAACAACAAAGUGUAAGAUGGACUUUGACGAGGAGCUCAAUCUUUGUACCAAAGGUAAAAGUAUUGUUCCUUCUUCUGGAGAAGCUUCUUCAACGACGUCCCCAAGAUCUAUCAAGAAGAUGAGAAACCCUGAUCAUAGAUCCAAACCCUAUUUCCCAUUUUCCUCUCCUUAUUCUAACUCCUUGCCGGCUUUCCCUUUUUCUUUUGACCCAACGACUCAAAAUCAACAACAACAGCAACUAGGAUACGUUCCUAUUAAUCAACAGAACAACCCUACAAUACAAGGGCAAAACCAAAUGAUCUCGUUUAGUCCUCAACAGCCUCAGCAACAGCAGCAGUAUAUGUUCAAGUACUGGAGUGACACAUUGAACCUGAGCCCUAGAGGAAGAAUGAUGAUGAUGAACCAAGAAAGUGUCCUGCCUUACAGCUCAACCAAGCUGUAUAGAGGAGUCAGACAACGUCAAUGGGGAAAAUGGGUCGCAGAGAUACGUAAGCCACGGAGCAGAGCACGUCUCUGGCUUGGUACCUUUGACACAGCUGAAGAAGCUGCCAUGGCUUAUGACCUUCAAGCUUUUAAAUUGAGGGGUCAUAAUGCAACACUUAAUUUUCCCGAGCGUUUUGUGAAUAAAGAAAUUGAGCCUAAUGAUUCAACUGAUGCAUCAAGCUCUCUGCACCCGAAACAAUCCGAAACGCCACAGCCAAACGAGCCAAACGAGGGUAACUUGAAGAGCAAGGAAGUAGCGGUGAGUGAUGGUGGAGUAGAGGAAGGGAUGGCUGAGGCGUGGUUCAAUGCGGUUGCAGCGGGAUGGGGUCCUGAAAGUCCUCUUUGGGAUGAUUUAGACAAUUCUCAGUUUUCACAAAACUCGACUUCUUCUUGUCCCAUGAAGCCUUUUAUUUGAAAAAGGUCUCACAUUUAGGUUGUAGUUUAGGGUUUAGCUCAUUAGCAUUUGGAUGGAGACAGUUUUCUGUGAUCUCCCACUCCAUACAUAGUCUAUAUAUAUAUAUAUAUAUAUAUAUAUGUGUACGCGUUCAUCAUUUAUGUGUGUGUGUGCCGCUGAUUAUGCUACAUAUAUAGAUGUACUAUUAGUUCAUCGAGUUUGUUUUCUGGCAUUGUAUCUGCACUUCAAUAAGUUAGGACCCUUCCAUAUUAUCCAGAGGUUAUCUUGACAACUGAUUCUUAUUCAAUUUGUACAUCU